AAUUAACCUCUGCAGCGUACUUCAUUCACACACACACACGCAUACCUUAGUCCCGUCCCCCACACACAUGACAUGCAACAAGCACACAACACACAGUUAAGCACCAUGGCAUGGCUACAAGGAAGCUACCGAUGCAUCCACCGCUUCACCACACACGCCAUGCAGCGACGCACCGAACGAACAGGCCGUUCUUAACCAACCAACAGCGUCGCUCCUUGACCAGGAUUAGCCAGACGUCGACAGCACACCACACAAGUGAUGUCGUGUGCAUAAAUCACUACAGCCCACUUCAGCCCAGCCGCUCUCUCAACAAGUAAGGACUUCCAUGCUGUGCUGUCGCCGUGUCGGUGCUUGUCAUGACCCGCAGCAGCCAGCAGCCAUGGUAGACGCCAACAGUCCCUCCCAUCCUACCGACCCCAUCCUCCCUGGACCAUGCACCGAUAAAGCGCACUCACAUACACACGCAGACACCGCGCUCAACCAGCCUUUUGGUUCAUGCAUACAGUCCAUCAAAGGAAGAACAGGUGGUGCCUCAGCUCGUCGCUGGGGGCACACUUAAGCACGUCGCUCACCAUGUCCUGGCAAGCACACACACACACACACACGGUGAGUACAAGAGAGAGAGAGAGAGAGAGGCGCUCACCCUCAGCUUGGCGGCGUACAUCAGAGGCGCCGGCAGCCUGAUGGGACCAGCCCUGCACACACAGAUCAACACAGAGAGAGACACAUGACAUGAGUGGGUGCACUGGGUGGGUGGGUGCGGGUGUGGCUGACUGACCAGUUCAUGUAGAUGCACGCCAGCUGCUGCGUGAGCUCCUGGAAGGGCUCCGUGGCCAUGCCCCCCAGCCCGUCGGCGAACAGAGAGUCGUUCUGCAAAACGUCAUAGUACGUCGGACUCACCACCCCCUGCACCGGCAACACACAUGCAGAGAGAGAGAGAGAGAGAGGGAGGGAGAGAGAUGGACCAACACACAGCCCGACAUCGUGUGUGUGUCGGUUGUGUGUGCGUCGGGUCACGUACCUGUGUGACGGGCUGAUGGGUCAUGUAGAAAUCAAACUUGUACGGCCGCACUAUGUCCCGAUCAAACACAGUGGCGGGCGGAGGGUUGCUCACCUAACCCACACACCCACACACCCACCCACACACACACACACCAACGCAUUCAUUCAUUCGUGAGUGAUGCGAUCUCAUCACCACGCCCCACCACACGCACCCGCUGAGAGUUGGGUUCCAUUUGGAAGAACCGCACGCCGCCCGGGCCCCUCUUGGACGCCACACACAUCGUGACGGCGGGGUUGAAGCCGGCAGCGAACUCCUGCAGACCGCGGUUGAUCGCCCCUUCGGCUGGCUGACGGAAAUAAAGGCUGCAACACACGCCCAGAGGCAGACAGACAGACAAGGGUGUGUGUGGGGGGGGCCUACUUGUGGAGGAUGGGUUUCUCUGCCUCCGGCACGCCGUCGCGAUAGAUGACAAUACGCCUGCAGAAACAACGUGUCAAGGUUCCUAUUGUGGGUGUGGGUGGGGUGGCGUACUCGGGGGUGCAUCCAUUGGUCUGCGCGAAUCGCUGCAGGAACGGCGGGAGGCACUGCUGCAUGAAGGCCGCUUCACGCUCCUUGAAGGUGUCGACUACUGACAGUGUGUCGGUGCCUGAAGGUGUCGGCAACACCUGCACCGCACUCAUGUAGCUCGUCAUUCUGACACCAACACACCCACACCGACACACACGAUUGGGCCGGCGCUUAUCUCUCUCUCUGUCUGGUCUCUGUCUUACUCGUCGUUGGUGGACGCGCACGCGGCCAGCACCCCCUGCUGUCGCGGCAUCUUGCCAGUGCUCACUCCGAUCACCUGACAUGAUGAUCAUGACACACACGACGCAGAGGCGAUGUGUUCAUCCAUCCGAUCUCCUCUCUCUCUCUCUCUCUCUCUCUCGCUCUCUCUUUUACCAUGGUCUUCCGGACGUUGCCCGUCUCAGUGUCUCUCAGCGACUCCUGUCAGCACACACAGGGACUUGACGCAGCCUGUGUGUGGGUGUGGGUGUGUGUGGGUGUGUGUGGGUGUGCAGGUGGUGACCAACCUAACCUUUAUGGCCGGAAUCGCCCAGAUCCACCCCCCACACUUGACCACAAUCUGGCCCACGAGCUUGGAUCGCGCCACGCCCAUCUUGUGGGCGAGGGUGCUGCGGCGGACGCACUGGCACGCCACGGGGAAGUCGACGUAUGUGAGCUUCUUCAACCCGCUGUACACCUCUCUCGGCAGCGAGUCGGGCAAGAUGGCGAUCACCAGACACCUGCACACGCAGAGAGAGAGAGAGGGAAAUGGUCGACAGAGAUGGAUGGAUGGAUGGAUGGACCGUCUUGCGAGUUUGCCGGUCUCCAUCUGGUGUCGUCUGAGCAUGUCUUCGAUGCCGUUGCGGGCCGCACGCACCCAGGAGCUCGCCCGCCCGUCGCCCGGCACCUCAACCGUCGUCGGCCGCUGAGCCACACCCACCUGGUAGCUGCACACACGACACACACACACGAAUGCCGUCAAUGAUCGCUAUCGCACAAAGGCCCACCCACCCACCUCAUCAGCUGUUCGUUGAGCGCAUUCAUGAAGCCGCCGAGCUCUCUCUCGCCCCGCUCAUGCAGCACCAGUACCUCCAGCAGCUGCUGGUCCGGCCCUCUCGCCACCGACCGCUUCAUCGCACCCCCGAUCCCACCCGGCUCCACCAAGUCGCGAAGCCCCACGUCAGCCAUGCAGAGGUCGACGUCCAUCUGCCGGCCCACGAGGUGCAUGAAGUCGGUCGGCUCGAUGAAGGCGAUGCCGCUUUCUUGGAGGGAUUCACGCGCCCGCGUGCGUGGGGGCUGGCCGGUGAGGAUGGGCAGGAUGUCGCGGAGCUGUCUAUAGCGUGUGUUGGGGUCGGUGCGCGUCUUUUGGAUGAGGUUAGUGCGGAGGAGGCGGAGGGCUCUCUCGUCGCUGUGACGGGGAGGGCCUGAAUGGAAUGAACCGGAUGAACGAGCAGGUAGGAAGGCAGCUCUUGGUGCGUGUGGCCACACCCACCCACCCAUCUACCAACCAGUCACUUUGGCGAGCGACGGCGGGAUGACGCACACGCCUUUCCGCCGAAGACAGACCUGCAAGGUAGACGCAGGAGACAACCACAUCACGUCACAUCAAGUGUGUGUCUGUGUGUCUGAGGUGCGGCCCGUUGUGUGUGCGUACAAGCAUCGGCUGAUCGCGUGGGCCUUGUGGCCGCAGCACGUCGAUGCUAUACCUCUCCAUGAAGUACUGACACAUACACACACACACACAGGCAGAGAGAGAGAGAGAGAGAGCAUCAUAGCAUCACGUGUGGGGCGCAUCAGUGGUGCGUACGCAGCUCGCACCUCUCUGUAUGUGAUCUUUCUGUCAGGGAAUUGCGAGUCGGGCGUCAUGGCGAAGUCCACCCUCUCCACCGUGUAGCUCUGCACCGCGUGCUCUGUCAUAAUCGUCCUGCAGACCAUCCAUCCAUCCAACACACACACACACACACACAACGAAUGCGCCAGUCCA